AUGGGUGGCAGCUUCUUGCUUUCCAGACUGUCCGCAUGCGUGGAAGCUGGUCGUGGUCUGAUCUUGAGACGCGUCGCCCAUAGACAUGGAGCAGCACCAGCAACGGUUACGGGAGGCGUCGGGGUCCAAGUGGCUGUCGGUGACGGCAUCGGCAAAGAGGCGCAAUGCGUUGAUACAGGUGAGCCGCCUCAUCAGGAGUUGGAGGUUGCGACUAAUGGGAAUGGGCAUGAGAGAGUCGACCAUCAGGUGCAAGAGGAUCCGACUGUAGAACAGACUCUCAGCGAUUUUCAUAGCCAUGUGGAAGGGGAAGAGCAAGGGAGACAACCAGUCAAACAUUCACUGGCUGAGUUGCUCGCUCUCGUCGUUAGCCUUGACGCAGAGAAAGACGACCAACUUCUGUCCCACUGCAUCCAGCCAACACCACUACCGAUAGCACUACAAACGCCGCUUUCCACCGAACAGGAAGCCGUCCUUCUUGCACGCCAAGCCGUCCUAGAUGCCAUACUCUCCAAGCACCAUCGAAGUGAACAAGCGCCCGAUCAGUUAGUUCUCUUUGCACCAGGUUUGCACGCCCCUGUCGCUGAGCGGCAAUCCUUUCUCUAUCCCCUCUCAGUCUUCGCCCUUAACGACGCUUCGCUCGCCAUCAAAGCCUCUAUGCAAGCCACCCGCCUCGAUGACGCGCUCCCCGACAACGUCCACUACGUCCACUUAGAAGCAGUGCUCGACGGUUGCGCAUGGGAUGCCAGUCUCGUGCUUAAUGGAUACAGCUGGCAACGCAGAAGCACGUGGUUGGUUUGUCUCGAUACAACCGACUUUGAGCACGAGCGAUUGCAAAGACAUUUGUCUAUGAUUGGGACGUUGACGUCCCUUGAUAGCGCUAUUGUGGUUGUUUAUGUAACCCCGGAUUUUGCGCAGAACGUGCAGGAGAGUGAAGAUGGGCAUUGGAUGGGAGCGGCACCAAUCUUUGCAUGUGGGGACCUAUUCGCUUUAGCAAGGGACUGUGGAUUUCAGGUAUCGUAUGUGACAUCGCUGCGAGAUGCUGCUGCCGAAUAUGGCUUGCCUCCAUGGCUCCAAAAUUCUCUAUCGACAUCUCUCUUCGCAGAUCAGUUGAAAUUUGCGUGCUUCAAGCAUAUGCGAAGCAGCGUAUUGGGUUCUAUACCCGAUAUUAAUAGUGCCAGCGAAUAUUCUGCUCGCAACGGUCUUCAGACGAACACCGAUGACGCAAGAGUCGCCUCUUCUCCUACUCGGUUAUCGUUUGUCCGGAAUACCUCAACAGAGAAAUUCGAAGACUACGCUAACAGUGAUACUCGGGCACUUCGGUUUGAGUUGCAGGUGGGGUCCAUCCCUCCACGACUUUCCCGUCAAGAGUUCUCGGUUGUGUUGAUUGGGAGCGAUCUCAGUUUUGGUUGCUGGGACCCGAAACAGGCGAAGAAAAUGCAUGGUAAUAUAUGGGAGACAACUGGAGUCAUGGCAGUCGACCUAGCGCUCAGUGUUGAGGCAUCCACCGUCGAGUACAAAUACGCCAUCACCAAUGCCCAGAAGGAUAUUAUUGCUUGGGAGGAGGGUAGCAAUAGAGUUCUCGCACCGGCUGCAGCGGAAAGUGUGCAGUACGUUCGAGAGGAGUGGAGGUCAUGA